AUGCACUCUUUUUUAUGGGUUACACUCCUACUCUUAUCUCGACAUGCGUUCUGCGUUUUGAAUAAUUUCACUGUUGACGACAGCGAUCCUUCUAUACGUUAUUCCCCUGCGGGAGCUUGGAAUGCAAGGAAUGCAGCUCAAAAUUGUACGGGGUGCUCCGCACAACCAGAUCCAGAGGAAAUGCUUCAAGGUACCUGGCACGAUGGCACGUUCAGUCCGACUGCUGGCAGUAGCGAUCAUCCCAAUAUACCUCUCUUUGCGAAUAUAACUUUUAAUGGCUCAGCAGUAUAUGUAUUCUGCACUUUAGCGGAAAGCACAACGGCGCCGGACGGGAACUCGGACAUGGCAUUCUACAUUGAUGGACAAUUCAUGGGCACUUUUGCUAAAGCAGCACCAGGCUUCAAUGAUAUCUAUGAGUACCGAUACCUUGUUUUCUCAAUUGAUACUCUUGCAUUGGGAGUACAUACACUGGUUCUCCAGAAUGGCUAUAUGAACGCCCUAAAAUCUCUCGUUCUACUCGAUUAUAUCGUCUAUUCGUAUGUCCUAUGA